AUGGCUUCCGAAGUAGCCGCUGGCGGACCGGCGGAUCUUGCUGGAGUCUGGAAGCAUGCUCAGAAGAUUUUUAAGAUCAUCCAGAAGGAAGCCAAUAAUCUCAAGCGCGGUCCACCCGGUGAGAUUAGCGACGCCAAAUGGAAGUCUUUGGAGGAUGCAAUGAGCCAGUACCGUCUUGCUUGCGUUGGGGUUCUAUUUAAAGAUCUCGAGUUCGCGCAGCAGAACCAAGUUGAGAAGGCUCUCUGGACAAGCCACAUCCUCAUCAACAAUGUCUAUCGCAAUGUCAGCAAGCGUCUCCCCUCGGAUAUGAGGGUGAAGAUCCGUGCUGUAGAGAGCCGGUACAAUAAGUUCAUCACCACGUCGCAGCUCUUCUACAAAGGCUACAUUCAGCGCCUUUCCAUGAGAUACAACAUCGAGCCUCUGCAUCAAAUUGCGUCUGCGGUCAAGGUAGAGCGCGGUCCCGGACAGGAUUCCAUCUCGUCGAUAACACCCGAAGUCCAAUCCAUGAUCCUGCUCUCCGUUCAAGAAACCCUGACUUAUCUCGGUGACCUAUCGCGCUACCGCGCCCAGCUGAAGCCAAAUAGUCGGGAUAACGAGGCCGCUAUCACGUACUACAGCCUGGCCCACGAUGUCAUCCCAGAUCGGGGAUUCGCUCUUCAUCAGAUUGGCGUCACUUAUCUUGAAACAGACAAGCACCUAGAAAUAGUCUACUAUUUCUUCAUGUCUCUAGCCCGGAAGACACCCCAUCCCAACGCGGAGAAGAACCUGGAAGCCAAACUCAAAACCAUCCAGGCUGGCAAGUCGACUAUUUCCGGUUCCCAGUCCCCGCAACAGAUUCUGGAAGGAAGAGUGGUGCAGCUUCUUGCCCAGUACAUGACCAACGCCUCUUUUUCAGGACGCGAUGAGCUGGAGCAAACCGUUCUCGCUAGGCUUGAACAAUUUCUACAGUCGGCCCACUCCUCUGACUCCGUUGUCAGGAUGGCCAUGGUCAACAUGACCGCGUACUAUUAUGCUCAGAAACACCAGGCAUACACCCUGUCUUUCAAUAUGCAGUUUCUCCAAACCAUUUGCCGAAUCAUGCGAAGCUACCUCCAGAAAGCCCAGGGCGUAAUGCCUGGGGAGAUGGAAACGUCGACUUCUCGGAUCAGCCAGUUGUACGGCAUUUCCCCUGGUGCGGACACUGUUCUCCGCGUCCUGAGGUUGUACUGCUGCUGGCUGUCAUCACAUGCCGAGGACCUUGCACAGGCCCCCGAAGCUAUCCAGUUUAUAGUUCAGUCUGCCUGGAAAGACUUUGCACAGAUGGCUACUGACUUAUUAACCUAUUCGAUCUCCGAUAUUCAAGAGUUCUCCAAACAGAACGACCUCCCGUUUCCUCCAACUGCGCCUUACCUAAUGAAGGAGGAUGAGGAGGCAGUCUGCUGCUUGUCUAUUGGGGACCUUACUUCACCUGUCUACACGCGUCUGUUUCAUUACGGCACCGAAAGCAGGCGAAAGCCCACAAUUCUCGAGUUUGGCGCCCAGGGCGUCAAGCCUCUCGAUGAAUUUGUAUGCCGUCUUGGUGACUUCGUCGGGGCCGUCCAGCAUUUUGCGGAAAGCCCGGCGCUACCUUUGGGUAUCCAAACGACAAGCGACGGACAAUGGUCUCUAGUUUACGGGUAUCAGGCUGCAGCUGAGUCUUGGAACCAACCCGCUCCAGAAAGUCAGAGCCAGCCCCCCGUUCAACCUUCGAGCCUUCAUCUUGAGGUGACGCAUGCUGCUGUCCCAACUGUGGAGACAUAUCACUCCCCCCAGCAGCCUACCGGGGUUAUCCACCACGACGUUACAUCAUUUAGUGGAAUGCAGGACGGGCAGGGCCCUGCCCUGAGCCCAAGGUCGCCUGUAGGCUCUACUGCUGCCGCUAUGCGGGGUGGCACGUAUUCUCCUCUUUCAUGGGACUGGUUCUACGAACCUAAGCCGACCGGCGCAUGGACAGGUCUAACCAGAGAAGUGUUUGAAAGCCUUCCAACAGAAUCCGCACCUGCGUCUCGACGCGCGUCAAGCGCCGUAGGUACCGACAAUGACCACCAACGGGAGAUGCUCUUGCGUAUGCUCCGCUCUGCCUCCCAAGGUACGGGUAAGGAGAGCCCAUCCUUUGGGCCUGCCGUAUCCCCACGAGCUCAGGAGCACAGGACCCUCCACCCUGGGCAGGCGUCUGACUACUUAUUGCCACAGGCUAGUCCGUCGUAUCCUUCGGGAGCUUCCAUUGACAUGGUCGCUGCCCUCGGGGUGACUAGCCCACUCCCGGACUUAGCGACAACAGAGCAGCCUGGCUCAUACAUGCUCCACAACCAGAAUCAAGUGCAGCAACCGCAACAGCCUCAGCAACAGCUACGCCGUGGAUCGCAUGUGAACCGUGCGCCCCUGUCUCAGCAAGUCCAGCAGCAGAUGGCCGCUAUGCAAAACCUAGAUCCCCAAGGCGGUUCUAGACCCCGAUCCAGCCGGGGAAAUGGAGCCGCUCGAGGUCCUCGGAACCAGGGAGACGGUGGUAGGCAUGACGCCUCACGCCUCCUCGACCUGAGAAAGAAGACUGUGAACCGUAUUCCACGCGGCAUAAAUGGGCCGUGA